UUUCCCUGAACAAAGGUAAGUUGCCACCUCUCCCAGCUGCAGCUGGACCCCCCCCAGACAAGACGUACCAAACAAAAAUGGCUGAAGAGGAAACUAAAAGCUUCUCUGUUGAGCUGAAUGAGAAAGGAGGGAUAGAAAACAAUGGAUUUGUUCAGGAGAAGACUGUGGAUGAAAAUGAGACCAAUGCCAGUUGCCAAGAAGAGAUGCCAAAAACAUGUGCUGUUGACAUCAACCCAGAAAGUACACAGGAGCCCUCUUGUGAAGUUUUGAAACCCUUUGCAGGAAUGCCUAAGGAAGUCUUGCUUAAGUUCUCCUGUCAGGCACGGUACAGAGUCACCAGGGAAAUCCUCUUUUGGCUUAUAAUUGCAUCUGCGCUAGUGCUUGUAUGUGCUACAAUUGCAAUUAUUGCUCUGUCUCCAAAGUGUCUGGGCUGGUGGCAAAUCAGUCCCAUUUAUCAGAUCUAUCCUCGUUCUUUUAAGGACACCAACAUGGAUGGGAAUGGUGAUCUGAAAGGUAUCCAAGAAAAACUGGACCAUGUCUUGUAUUUAAAUGUAAAAACAAUCUGGAUAACAUCUUUUUAUAAAUCUCCUAUAAAAGAUUUUGGGUAUGGAGUAGAAGAUUUCCGUGAUAUUGAUCCUAUGUUUGGAACGAUGAAGGAUUUUGAAAACCUGAUUGCAGCUAUUCAUGAUAAAGGCUUAAAGGUGAUAAUGGACUUAAUACCAAACCACACAAGUGCCAAACACAGUUGGUUUCAGCUGAGUCGCAACAGGACUGGGAAGUAUGUGGAUUACUACAUCUGGCAUGAUUGUGCACAGGCUGAUGGUACAAUCACUCCUCCUAACAACUGGGUAAGUGUAUAUGGGAAUUCCAGCUGGCAGUAUGAUGAUGUGAGAAAGCAGUGUUAUUUUCACCAAUUUGGGAAUGAGCAACCAGAUUUAAAUUUUCGCAACACUGCUGUGCAAGAAGAAAUACAUGAUAUUAUCAGGUUUUGGCUGGGCAAGGGCAUUGAUGGAUUUAGCAUCAAUGAUGUUAAAUUUCUUCUCGAAGCAACGAACCUAAGGGACGAACCUCAAGUGAAUAAAUCCCAAAAUCCGACUAGCAUCACUGCAUAUUCUGAACUGUAUCAUGACUAUACCAGCACUCAAGUUGGCAUGCAUGAUAUUGUCCGUGGUUUCCGGCACAUUAUGGAUCUUUUUAGCAGUGAGCCCGGCCGAUACAGGUUUAUGAGUACUGAGGCCAAUGAUCUGGAAAACAUAGAAGAAACAAUGAUGUAUUAUGGAACAUCUUUUGUCCGAGAAGCAGAUUUUCCCUUCAACUUCUAUCUCAUCAACAUGAAAAACCUCUCAGGCAAUAGUAUUUUUGAAACUGUGUCCUUGUGGAUGAACAAUAUGCCUAAAGGAAAAUGGCCAAACUGGGCGGUUGGAGACCCUAACAGUGUUCGGGUUACGUCUCGAAUUGGGAAAGAGUACCUUAAUGUGAUCAACAUGCUCCUUUUAACCCUUCCUGGUACACCUACAACUUACUAUGGUGAAGAAAUAGGAAUGGAAAACAUUGCAUCAGAAAAUAUGACUUUUGCAGAGAAGUCACCCAUGCAAUGGGAUGGCAGCCUUCAUUCUGGUUUUAGUGAGGGCAACGUAACCUGGCUACCUGUUAAUCCAGACUAUCAAAAUGUAAAUGUUGAAAUUCAAAGGACUCAGCACAAUUCAACAUUGAAUUUGUAUCGAGAGCUAACUCUACUUCAUAACAAUGAGUUGCCCAUUCAGAGGGGAUGGAUGUGCUAUGUCUGGAAUGACAGUAAUGUCUUUGCAUAUGUGAGGGAAUUAGAUGGCUUAGACAGAGUCUUUAUGAUGGUUCUCAAUUUUGGAUGGGAGUCAACAACAGACCUAAAAACUGUGGUUCCUGACCUUCCAACUGAAGCUACUAUAAGAUUAAGCACAAAUUUUAGCAAUAAUGGUAAAGUUGUAAAUACUAAAACAAUUAAAACUGCUAAGGGUGAAGGGCUGAUCCUUGAAUACAAAACUAGCCAGCCAGUUCAUACUAUGGAGGCUUUCCAACUGAAGUGUUUUGUGGCAGAAAAAGCAUGUUAUUCUAGUGCCUUUGAUUUACUCUAUAUGAAUUGCUAAGUUUUUGGACAUGUGUGAUACAACAGAACGUAUGUUAUUUGAGGUAAAUGCUGUGAACAGAGAGUUUGUUGCAGUUUUUCCAAGUUGCUGCAUUGUGUAUAAAAUGUCUAGAAACCCAUAAAAUAAACUAAUGUGGUUUUAACUGUA